AUGGAAAAUUAUAUGAGAGGAUGCUCUUCAAGCUCAGACAGUGCUUGCUAUUUUGAAAAAAAUCCAGAGUUAACUUGCAAAGACAAUAUAGAAUGCCCCAAUAAACUUGAAAUAGACAGCAAACAUUCGAAAAUGUUUUCAAAAAUUGAAGAAAAUACAAGAAAAAAAGUUUUCCAAUUAUUUUCUUCUAUAAAAUCAGAAAUAAAAUCAAUUCAAGCAAAAAUUAUCUGUGAAGAUCUCUUUCUAAUCAAACAACUUAAUAAAACUGCUCAAAAAGCUUUAUUAGAUUUAAAAAAUUAUGAUAAAAAAUUAAACCAAGCACUAUUGCAAAUAUCUUGUUUAAAAGAAAUUGAUAACUCAAAGCCUUUAACUUUUGUUGAGCAUUUGCUAAAUUUGCCUUUUAUCAAUAUUUCAAAAAUAAAAAAAAUUCAAUCACCAAAGCUGUAUAUAAAUAGGCUCAAAACAGAUAACCUUUGUCAAAUGUAUGAAUUCGUUUUACCAGAUCAAAAUAUUGACUAUUAUGAAUACCUUAAGGUAAAUUCAAACUGCAUGAAAUUUAUACUUUGUAGCUCUGCCAAUACUUUAGGAGUUUUUAAUCCAGAAAAUGGCAAAGUUUCUAAAAUAAACAUUAUAACGAAAAAUAAUCAUAAACUUGACCAGUACGGAGCAAAAUGUAUUCUUCCUAAUGGGAGUUUAUUUUAUUAUAACGGUGAUAUUUCUAUUGUCAUUGACCAAAUUGGUGGGUCUCAUUAUAUAUCUCAAUAUAAACCUAGCUUAAAUGCAUGCUCAGUUUAUACAGAUGGAUGGAUUUAUUUAUUUGGUGGAGUUCAUAAUAAUUCAGAAAAAUACAACAUUAAUGACAGCAGAUGAGUAUCAUUUAAACCUGCACAAUUUUCUGAUGCAAAUUAUGCUAUUUGUGCAUUAUUUAAACAAUAUAUCUUACUAGCCGCUUCUAAUUCAGGAAAUUUUUUUUAUUAUGAUACAAUUUUAGAUUCGUACUCAGAAAUUUUGUCACUAUAUGUUUAUCCAUCACCUAAAUUAUUUUUAGUGAAAAAUGAGACUGUUUUUUUCUUUCAAUUACCAACUUAUAUAUUUGAAAGCAAUGAUAAUUUAAUUACAUGAAAUAAUGUUGGUAGAUAUUCUAUUUUAAGUGAAAUUAUGACAAGUUAUACGAUUAAUUAUGAAGAAAAGAGUUAUUUUGUAAAUAAUGAUGGAAUUUAUUCAUUUGAUUUUACAAGAAAAAUCGUUUCGAAAGUCCUUGCUUAUUCAUAA